GCAAACUGCAGCCACUUGGCAAUCUGGCAACACUGCGCACCAAAUAAAUAUAUUAUAUUAAUAUUAAACAAAAUGAGCUCCAACCACCGCCCCCUGGACGACUCGGACAUCCUGCUGAUCCAGACCAUCCGCGAGACGCCGUCGCUGUACGACCCGCAGCUGCCCUCGUUCCGGCUCUCGCAGCGCAAGGAGGAGGACUGGGCCAAAGUGGCGGAUGUGCUCAACAUCUCGACCAUGGACGCUCGGCGUCGCUGGACAUGUUUGCGCGAUCGCUACUCGCGGGAACUCAAGCAGAAGCGGCUGCAUCCGUCCGGCGAGUUCGGCCACAACGACUUCUUCCGCAAGAUGGACUUCCUGCGCGACUUUGUGCGGAAGCGUCGCGAGCGCCGGGGACGCGAAUAUCGCUUGGGUCGCGAUCAGAAGCCAACCGGCUGGGUGAAGGUGGAAAUGCAGCGACGACGGCGCAUCCGUCUGCCCAUGGACACCGAGUCCCUGAUCGAGGAGCAGGGCUCGCACGGCUACGAGGAGGAGGAGGAGGAGGCCGAGGAGCAGCAGGACUACGAUACGAAAUUAGAGACACAGACCACCCAUUCGGAGACCUCAUAUUCGGUGCUCGUGGAAGCGGACGAUGGCCAGGAGCCGGAGCAGGACAGCUUCGAGGAUUUCCUGGGCGACACGGAGUGCGAGCAGAAGGUCAAGGUGGUCACCAUCCAUCCGGAGGCAGCUGCUCCCAAGGCAAUAUCCGCACCGCCGUGUGAGCCCGUGGAGCCCAUACAGCCGGAGGUCAACUAUGUGGUCUGCAUGCCGCCCAAUGUGGGCCAGCCGGAGCGGGAUAGCUCCGCGACAGAACUAGCCAAUCCGCCGACUGUCGUCAUCCCACAAAACACCUCGGAAACGGAGGAUGACUUCUUCUGCAAAUCGAUCGCCGUUUACCUGCGGCAACUGUCGCGCGUGCACAAGAUCAAGGCCAAGGUGGAGAUGUACCAGAUCCUCGAGAAGUACAUAAUGCUCGAGGAGAGCGGAGCGGCGACGGGUGCGGCAGGAGGAGGAUCGAGCUAAACAGGAUGCAUGCAUAUGUACAUAGGUUUAAACGUAGUUUUUUAAUGCAGUACAAAUAUACAAAGUGACGAAAAUCA